UUUACUUUAGCUAUCUACGGGCAAGAGAAUGCAGUGCGAAACCUUUCACCGUCUCUUCGGGAGUGCUACGAAAAUAAAUUUCUUCUGCAAAGGGAUAACAGAUUACCGCACACAUUAAACACAUUCAUUUCAAUCCUACGGAAAAUCGAAAAUACAGAAGGUCUUAAUAUGGAUCUGAGGACUCUGUCUGUUGCUCUACUACAUCGCUUCCGUCAAGAUGGAAUCGUACCGAAUCCCCUGGUACCCGUUCAAGAUGGAGUGACGCCUUAUGCCCCAAAUGCGUUUCAAUUCUCUCGUCACGCUCAAACACUUCGUAUCAUACCAGGAAAUGCUCUUCAGUUUCCUAACAAUAGUAUUACAGACGUCGAGAGGUGUACCUUGCACUUCAUGAUAUCCAGUAGUAUAGAAAUUUUCCAAAGAGGAGACGAGGCAAAGGUGUGCAGAUACGCGAAUGCGUACAGAUACGCAAGAAGCGCGGAUGGUAACGACGAAGUAACGAACGAAACUACCAAUAACGACGUGGAAACAUUAACGUCCGAUGAAAUAAAAACUAUGACUAAUCGGAAGGAUGGAGGCGCUAAAGUUACGGUUGAUCCAAAUUCAUACUAUCCAGAGCUACCGCCCAAUCAUCCGGACGUAGCACGAAUGAUUGCGCUACCACCUCAAAGCAAAUGCCCUGUAGAGAAUGGUGUCAUAAAGACUCCAUGGGGUGCUAGUUCUCCUGGUCUGGUUCUUUCGGCGAUAGCAGCCGCAACGCAACCUGAAACAUUUCCGCUCCAGGAAGUGCAGCCUGAUUUGUCAGAGAAAAGUAACGCAAAUCUGUCUGGGUUGACUGUGGACAAUAAGUGGUUCUCCACUUUAGCCGGAGACUUGGCGGAGGUUGCUUUGAUAUUAGGGCCAACGGCAGAGAAAAUCGGUGUCGGUGUAACCGGCAAUUGGAACUCCACUGCGUUGCCGCGUUGGCGUUUCUUGAACUCGAAUGACAAAUUACAAAUGACAACAGCUGAAAUCAGAGGCGAUUUGGACGGGCUAAUUUUGGCGAAUGAAAUUAACAAAUGGUACUCGAAGAUACCCGGUUUAAAGCUUUCGCAAAUAUUCGACAUGUAUUACAGCGCGCAAGGAUUCUUCGAUUCCUCGAUCAGAGCAUGCAAUCGAAGAACAUUGUUCACAUCUGUCGCUCCUAACGACACAAUGACUGCACAGACGUACAGUGCUGCUUUGCUGUUAUCUCCUGAUCUAGCAAAGGUGACGCUCGAUUCAGCAAGAAUAAAAAAAUUCUCGGUAGAAGCGGUAAAUGAGCUAGCGGUAUAUAUUCCCACGUCAAUGAAUAAGGAUCUUUCAUGCACGGAUACUGAUAGAUUAAACGAUUUCCAUAAAAUGGCUGUUGAUUUGACCAUCAUUCUGGAUACAAAUUGGGCAUUCUCCGCGAUACAACCGAUUCUUGCAACGUUAUUAGAAAACAUCGAAUUAAAUCAAUUCAACAGCAACUUUACGUUAAUAAAUGGCCAAGAUGGAACUGAAAUUAUAAACAGUACACAUAGUAUUCUAGAUUUCUAUGCUUAUAAUUCGACACAUUACGACAACAUGACUCAUGGCUUUGAUUUGGCGAAGUCGCUCGAUAAAUUAAAGCAACGUUUGAUGGAUAAAUUAGACAACGAACGUAAUCAAGGUGUUGGCAUUGCGAGAUCCGAUAUUGUUUUAAUUAUUCCAUAUAUGUCGACCAUUAGUAACGGUGACAAAGAGUACUCCUUGCAAAAUAUAUUACAAAUGCGGGAACAAAUACCAGACACAACGGUACUCAUUAUGGCGUAUGGAUCGAAAGACACGUGGUCCGAUUUGGUGCAGAAUUCGGCAACCGAUUUAUUCUCCAUCAGUAUCGGUGACACGGAAGAAGCUUUGUCGCCGCUAACCGGCUUGGUUACCAGAAUGAAGCAAGUUCCUAAGCGUUUGAUUAACACGCAAUGUGGUUCAAAUUAUGCCACGACUGGAUUUUCAAAUGCGUAUAACGAUUAUAUCGCACCGAAUGGUACACAAUUUUACAAAUUGCAUCCAAAUUAUUUCUUCCAACACGAAGGUUCUGCCACUGUAAAGAUUCAAGGCGCUAAUUCAGACAGCUUGAGUAUAUGUUCAGCGCGCGAACCAUUGCAUAGUAAUCCGAUGGAAAGGGAAUCACUUAAAUCAUGCGUGUCCGUAACUGGUGAAGCGCAUAGUAUUACAGUUUCUUGUGCAGAUGCUACUUACAUUCACCAGUGUCCUCCACUAUACAUUUCCGUCACCGCAAACUCCACAAGUGCUUCAUCGCUGUGCACAGAUCGACAUCUGUGCAGAUAUCCGAAUUCAAUAAAAUAUACAAUAUCCUACGAAAAUCUAGUAUGUGUCAGUUCCGCGCAUAAGAUCGCAUUCAAUUCGUUUAUUUUAAUUGUACUUUUAACGUUCAUUAAUUUAUAA